AUGUCAAACUUUAUCGAUAAAUUAUCAAACAAAAUUCAAGGUAACGAAGGUCAAGCUGGCUCAAACCAAUAUGCUAAUGAUCCUUCAACCCAACAAGCUGGUACUCAAAGAGCUGGUCAACAAAACUUAGGCUCAAGUGCUGCUGGUAGAGAUCAACAAAUCCCAACUGGUGCUCAACAAGAUGCUUAUGGUUCAUCAGGCUCAAACUAUGGAUCAUCAGGUGCUAGCCAUGGUGCUACUGGUAGAACUGGUGGUGGUGUUGGUGGUGUCCAACAAGAUGCUUCAUAUGGUGGUGCUGGCUUGAACAACCCAGGUGGUGGUACUUAUGGUGCUGCUUCAGCUCAAUCUGGUCAAUAUGCUGGUCAAUCUGAUCAUGUUCCAGGUACUAAAGCUUCAUCAGGUACAGGUGCAGGUGCUACAGGUGCUUAUGGUUCUCAACAAGCUGGUGGCUCCCACACUGCUUCACAAGGAUUAGGUCAAUCUGGUUAUGGUGGUUCAUCAGGAUCCACUGGUCGUCAUGGUGCUUCAGGUGCUUCAGGUUUAGAUGAUGAUUUAAGUUCUGGUAAACAUUCAGGUUCAGGUGCAGGUCGUCAAACUAGAUCACAAGCUGCUGGUGGUGCUUAUGAUGAUUCAACUUCAUCAGGUCUUGGUAACCAACAAGCUGGUGCCGGUUCACAUCAAUCUUCAGGAUUAGGCGGUGCUGGUGGUGCUGGUGGUGGUUCAUCAGGUGGUAACUCCAAAUUUGCUCAACAAGCUGAAGAAUUGGGUAAAAAGGGAUUUGAACGUGGUGUUCAAGAAGGACAAAAAUAUGUUGGUAGAAACUUAUAA